GUGCAGACUUCUGUGCAGUGGAAAUAAUGCCACUCAGUAUCUGUGAUCACGUCUCCGCUUCUCUGACUGCAGAUUUGAAACCACACGCUUUUAGAAAGUUUUACCCUUGAGCUUGGCUUCGUUGGGUCUUAAUUUAGUGUUUGCAGCAGACACGCACAUUAGCAGUUCCUCUACUGCCACAGAGGAACAGGAGGAGCAGACAAGGAGGCAGAAGGAGCGACAAAGAAGAUACUGGCGAGUUCUGGGCUCUGGCGACCUCGGCACACAAAGAGAUGGGGGACCUGACGCUCCCUGUCUACCAUGGUCCCAUCAGCAGACAGAGGUGUGAGGAUCUCCUCAGCAGGAAGGGCAAAGAUGGAUCAUACCUCAUAAGGGAUAGUGAGACCAUCCAUGGAGCCCUGUGUCUGUGUGUUUACAAACAGAAAGUUGUGUACACUUACAGGAUUCUCCAGAGCCAUACAGGACAAUACACUCUACAGACUAGUUCAGGCAUAGAGGAGAGGUUUUUCAAGACCCUACAGGACCUUGUGAAACACUAUAAAAAGAGAAAUAAAGGUCUGGCCACACACCUGCGCUACUCAGUGAAGAGGAAAACACUGGAGGAGCUGCCUAGCGUUACCAACGACGUCGACAUUAGCGAAGACACGCAUGACUAUGAGAAUGUAGAGUCAUCUGAUUAUGUCGUUGUGUUGCCGAAUUAAUUCUCCUGGAGUUUGUCUUCACCCCUUUGUAAACUGAUUCAUUGCUUGCAUGGUCAGGGUUAAUCACAAUCAAUAUGUAAUCAGAUCUAACCAAAGAACUUCUACAGAAUCUACUAGAAGCUAGUCUGGUGCGUUUUCUGUAUGACACGGGUUUUGGGCCGUUCAGUUCAAAACCCAUGAACAAUUUCAGAAAUGAGCAAGAGCUUGUCUUCAGUAAUUUGAUUUUCAAAAGCUAAACUGCUGGAUCCUAGAUGUUAGGCUGUCCCAUCAGCCUUUGGUUGUUUUAGAGUGUGGCUUUAGACUCCACUACUUCAUUCAAAUUUGGGGCUGGAGAAAGACAUCUUAAGAAAGGUCUUCUUGAAACUCGAGGCUACACUUGCGUUGUGGAUUUCACAAACUGCCCGAGAGCCAACAGUUUACUUGCAGCCAAGAUUGUGACAUAGAAGACAGAGAAAAUGGGCUUUAAGGAGCCUGCUAUUUUUAUAGCACCCACAUGUAGGUUAAUUUGUCAGUGCAUUGACAGCAGGCUCUGACAUUUGGUUAACCACUUACUAGGGUUAACGUUUCCAUUCUGCUAAUUUUUUCAAUGUAUUCAUUUUUUUGAGUAAUGCAAUGUAAACAGCAUGUGCAGUUAAGAAUGUAGGCCGUACUCUGCAAACUCUGGCCUGUGAAGCCUUGUUCUCAUCUCCCCCCUCUGCUGUGAACAUCUGUGCUCUCACAGAUAUAAGGGUGAUGCAAAUCUAAAUGGACACUUUGGUCCUGCGCCAACACAAAUGGUCCUGGAUAUUCAGGACUGUAAAUCAGCAUCAUGCUACUUCCUGUAGCUGGUGUCUGAUGGCAGGGUUGAGACCAGUAUGUGCCUCGUUUUGAUUGGUCAGUGGUGGUCAACACUGUUCUUGGUGAAGAUAAGCCUGGAGGAGGUCUGGGCCUUGGGGUGGAGGCUUUAAGAGUGGAGCUGAAGGUGGAGCUGCUGGACUAAGGAGUUAGGCUUGGAGAAAUCUCCCCCUAGAACCCUGCCACCAUCUAUAGGUAACAUUCACGUAGUAUCUUCUGUCCUGCAUUUCUGUUAUUUAGAAUGUGUAUUUGUAAUGUAUAAGUGUUUUGGUUUGUAUUAUACUAA